GUUGUGCAUUUUGGGUUGGGCACAUUAGUUUGACUCACGCAACGUAGCUCCCAACAAUUAGGAGCUACCGUUUUUUAAUUUUUCAUUAAAAACAAGAUUUUCAACUCCGAUGCAGAUCUUCUACUCACAAAUUACAUAAUAUAAUGAAAAUGGACACGUUUAAUCCUGUCACGCUGUUAUUAUUCGUAGCCUUGUAUUCUGUUCCAGUAUUUACGGAAGAAGCACAAAACGGUUGUGAAAUUCCUUUGGUAAUGAGAAAUACCUGGUUUUCUUGGGAAAAUGGAAAAAAUACACUAUAUGAAAUAAAUGCUGAGAGCAUGAGUAACCGAGGAUAUUGCAUCGCCAUGGCUGAAAAACGACGAUUGCACUAUACUUUUGUGUUCCAAAAUGAUCAGUGCUACUAUUGUGUUAAACUUAUUGUUCGGACUGUUAACAUUUUGGAGAAAGUUGAAACUGCGUGUGUCAACUUAAAGAUAGGAGAUCAUCCAACAGUAGAAAACGUGUGCCGAGGAUUAGAUGAAGAUCAGCAGUUGAUAACGUUAUUUGCAGAAAAUCAUGUUCCAGUUAAUUGCAGAUCAUCUCUCGAGGGUGUAUGGCAAUUUGCAUACCAGAAUCGAUUCCGAUUCAGAGGAGAAUGCAAUCAUCCUGAAGCAAGAAUAACCUCUUGUCAAACUCCGGGUACACAGUUUCUCAUCACCAAUCAAAAAUUCAAUAUAACUUACAGAAAAUGUAGCAACAUGAAAGGAACUUUUGACGGAUUGGUAGAAUACAGUUGCCUGGGCGACUGGUUUGUGGGCAAAAAUCACUUUUUUGCUGUGGCGAAUACAAAAGAAUCUCGAAAAGAUGAAAAGUAUCGUUGUUUCCUGAAAAAUCGUGACGACGAUCUUUACAUCGGUGCAUCAAUAACAGCCGAAUGUAACACUCUGAGGACGGUGGAGAAAAGUCCCGAGCGAUUGCACAUUACUCCCGUAAAAUCCGAGGUUGUCGUGCCUGGUUGUAGAUUGCCACUGAAUAUGUCUGGCGAAUGGAUCAACACUGCCAAUAUCGAUGCCGAUUUGUUUAUCAAUGAGACACACAUGAUCGAAACUUGGUAUCCUGACGAAGGACGAUACAGGCAGAAUAUUUACGUUUGUCGUGAACAACGAGAUACCCGAAUUAUGAUGGCUCGAUUGCCAGUCGAUGGGUGUCAAAAGGAUUACAUAUGCUUUGAUUUCGUACCACGGCAUCACAACAUAAUCAGAUACAGGCGUGGAUUGGCUGUUAUAAAGGAUGAUUUUUCGACGGUGUGCUCUUGGGUUCAGUUCCAGAACAAGAUCGAUUGGAGAUACGAUUUAUUCGUGGCCAAAAAUCCUGUGCCCGUGCGAUGUCCUGUUGCUGGAAAAUAUAACUUCACGCAGAAAGGCGAAAUAAAAUUCGAAACAAGAAUUCUCGGUGGUAUUACAUUAUCUCCGCGUCAUAACACGAACUGUACAUUCAGAGCAUCAGAUUUUUCGGUAUGUGAUGCUGAACAAAAGGAGAUCGCUAUCGAUGAGACUUAUUGUCUCACUGUCGAUCAUUUGGGACAUCCUAAAGACAUUUACAGUGAACCCGAUUAUCGAAUGAAAUGCAUUGGUUUUUGGAAGGAGAAUCUCAAAUCGUAUCUAAUUACAUAUGACGAACUCGACCCGUUCAGUAGAUAUCGUUGUUGGGUUUAUCAGCGGGCAGAUUUGAACAGAGUUUUAAUGUCUCAAGCCCUUGGUCCCUUUUGCGCGAUUAAUCAAGAUGUAGGAAGUGACAACUCGAGUCAGGGUGCUGCAGUCUCCCUAGAUCUGAGGGAAUACGAGCGUGAACGCGAUCAAUGUCCCUUGUACUUCGACGAUGGUGCAGAUCCAUGGGCACCAACUUCAAGUAUGAUCAAAGUAUUCCAUUUCAGAGACGGAGUGAGUGGAUUGACACCGUCCAUUUUAUUGUCCACUCUCGCCGUUUCAAUCCUCCUUUUACUGAAUCUUAGAAAUUGAUUUUUAUGCGGCUCUCGACAUAUAAACAUCGACAAAUAGUUCAUAUUAUAUGCAAUAUAACAUGAUAUAUUGCGAUAUAUUAUCACUAGCACGGUUACAAAAAAAAAACAAGAAAGUCAUUUUUGAUCAUGUCGUUUCCCGAAAUUCUAAUAGAAUUCGUUGAAAAAAUUAUUUCACGCUUCUCUCAAACUUUCGAGAAGAAUUUUAAUUUUUCCAUUUUUUCCAUUAUAUUUUCACUACGAAAAAUGAAUCGAAACUACGUAUACUUUUGAAUUUUCUUAUGUAACCUCGAUCCUAUAUCGAUCCAGAUCGUCGAUCAUCACAAGUGGUAAGACAUUUUUCAAACCGUUCUGAAAAUCUUACAAAACUAGUUGAUGAACACACUAAAAAAUAUCACACUAAAACGGCCUGAUAUUUAUCGUUUAAUUGUAAAAUUUUUCCAAAAAAAUGACGUCAUUUAAAAACGACACAAUGUUGUCGACGUAGAGGUAGUUUAACAACACCGUUGAACUCUAGUUUUAUCAAUGGAAAAAUAAGGGGCCGCAAAUACCACAGUGUUCAAAACGAAUAUUAGUUUUUGUAAAAAGAUCUUCGUAUCUACACGUACGGUUGUUCUCGUAAUCAAAUUCCGUCCAAUCAAGUAAUUUCUAAGUGCCUUUAUGUAAUCGUACAAAUUUCUACAACCUCUCAAACGCUUUACUAUUUGAGAUUUUUUUUACUAGGUUUUGAUAUUUACAUAAGUCAUUUUUUUCCAUGUUCAUUGUGCGCCUGGCUUAAUAAGCUGUAAGAUAUACAUAAUCAUUGUAUAAAAAUCACAGAACUAAAAAACGCACAUCUUUUUAUUGAUAGAUUUUUCUUUUGCUUAUUUUUAUACACAUCGGUUGUAUGUCGUUGAAUAAUUAAUUCUUGUUAAUACCUCACACCAACGACACAAAAUUAUAUUGACUUAAAAGGAUACAACGCAUUAAAAGUGAAUUGUACACAAAAGAAUAAACUUAUAUAUUGAACUAUUAUAAA